AGCAGAGCCGAGACGUCUAUAGGUGCUAUAAAAAGCGCAGAAUCUUUUGUCCGCGCCCAGUAUUAGCAUAAAUCAUGUUCGCAUUGUGGCUCAUCUUGGCCUGCUGCUGCCACUGCUGCUGGCCAGCGGAGAGUGGUGCCGCGAUUGGAAUCGUUAAAUCAUUGGCCGAACAGCAGAGCGAUGGCUCCUACUUCUUUGCCUACGAGGCGGCCAAUGGCAACUACCGCGAGGAGGUGGGCAUCGUCAAGGAGGACAGUCUGGAGGUGUCCGGAGUCUAUCGCUACCUCGACGACAGCGGCCAGAAAGUGGAGGUCAGCUAUAUGGCCGACCAGAACGGCUUUGUGCCGCGAGGCUUCCACAUCGGAGCUCGCUCGAAUAUAAAUAAACCUUUAUAGAGUCAUGUGUUGGCGCAUAACCAUUGGCUUUGAUGGGGGGGCACUCCAAAUGCUAGCCACACAAUUACAGAAGCGGCGCAAGAUCGAGCGAGGAGUGCCCUGCCAUCUGCAAUUGGGUCCGCUCCAGCAGCUGUGAAGCUGGAGCGAGGGGAUAUUUAAUUUGCACACACACCGACAAUCGGGAGAUUUUCGAAAUUAGUUAAGCUGUCAGAUUUAUAAAUUGUGGCAAUUGCUGUGCUUGGCCAGCAGCAGAGUCUACCACAGUCUCCCACUGCGGGCCAUGGUUGCCCUUUUGCCGAACGUACCAAAUGUCGGUGUCGUCGUCGUCGUCGUCGUCGUCGCUGGGCAAAUGAAUCCGUAUUUAUCACCCUAUCAAAUUAAUGACGAUGCCAACACGAUCGUUUAUAAUGGGGCCCGGAACUCCACUCGCGAUGAUUCUACAAUUUUCUGCUUAUUGAAUUAAUAGCGCAAUGCAAAUGGAAGUGUUUUAUGCGCCGCAUCAAAAUUCUAAUUCAAAGCAUUUGUUAGCAGCAAGAUGAUCGUUGCAGGGAGAGUUAUGAUCUCUGAUCGUCAUCUGUGUGUGUUCGAUAAUAUUGAGGGGAUUACACCCUCCUCCAGAGACAUGCCUUGCGCACACUGUGGGAAAAACCACAAAACGAAACGAAAUUCUCGAUAUGUCGAUUCGAAUUUGAUAAUCUUUAAAUAUAGCU